AUGGGCAAGCUGGCUUUCCCUCUCGAUAAAGAGCUAACUGGUCCGGACCGAAUUGUUCUGGAAAUCCUACAGAAGGAGUACGAGUUGCAUGAGACCAGGCCUGCAAAAUCAACGCUAGAUGCAGCAGAAGAUUCCGAUGACUCGGAUAUCAAACAUUCCGAGAUUGUGACGCCAUCACCAGAGGAUCUCCAAGACCAGGAGCAGCAAGCAAUUGCUUACCUCAAGAAGCUGAAUGACCCCAAGUCUGACAGUUUCGAGACCACUGUGUGCAGCACUGUCGAUGAUUCGGACAUCAAGAACCCUCUUCUUCGUCAAUGGAUCAUCGAUCCCUACAUUCGAUGGGCAAAGCAGAUUGUACGAGUCGAGACCGAUGUUAUUAUGGUUACGCAUUUGCUGCUUUACUUCUGCACCAGCGUCCCAUCAGCGAUCUAUCUGUACGUCAACUUCCACUGGUGGCACGCUGUGCUUCAUUGCGUCAUGCAAGGCUACUACAUGGGACCAUUCACGCUCCUGAAGCAUCAGCAUAUUCAUAUGCGUGGUGUUCUUAGCAAGAAGUAUGGCUUCAUCGACCGGCUAUUCCCAUACAUUCUCGAUCCAAUGAUGGGCCACACCUGGAACUCAUACUACUAUCAUCACGUCAAGCACCAUCACGUUGAAGGCAACGGACCUAAUGACCUGUCUUCUACUAUUCGAUACCAGCGGGACAGUGUUUGGGACUUUGCGCAAUAUGUUGGCCGGUUCUACUUUCUGAUCUGGCUCGAUUUGCCCAUGUACUUCUUGCGCAACCGCAAGCCUAAUCUCGCGCUCCAAGCGGGUGCUUGCGAAGUUGGCAACUACGUCUUCCUGUACAUGAUGUACAACUUCGUCAGCGCUCGUGCAACGACGUUUGUGUUCUUGAUUCCUCUGGCUUUCAUGCGCCUGGCUUUGAUGACUGGCAACUGGGGCCAGCACGCUUUCGUUGACGAGGUCGAGCCGGACUCUGACUUCAGGUCAAGCAUCACACUCAUCGACGUACCCAGCAACCGCCACUGUUACAACGAUGGCUAUCACACAUCUCAUCACCUCAAUCCGCUCCGCCACUGGCGGGAGCAUCCAGUUGCGUUCCUCUCACAGAAGAAGCAAUACUCUGACGAGCACGCAAUCGUUUUCUAUAACAUCGAUUACUUCUUCCUUACGGUCAACCUGUUAAGAAAGAACUAUGAGCACAUUGCUAAAUGUCUUGUACCUAUGGGCGAUCAGAUGCAGCUUACGCUUGACGAGAAAGUCGAGAUGCUAAAGCGCAAGACAAGAAAGUUCUCGGAGGAGGAGAUUGCAGAGAAAUGGGGCAAGCAGUACGCUAAGCUGAAGUAG